UUUUGUAAUUAUUCUCCUGCGUCGCCCACCUUGGUUUCAAAUUCAAUAUUCAAUACGUCUCGUUUCUUGUCACCGUCCAAUCUAGGUUUCGUUCGUUGAAUUGAACCAGUACCCACCUGCUUCAGCAAUUACUGGAUCAUCUCCCCUUCCCCCCACCCUCCACCCUUCCCUCCGUUCUUUCUCCUCCUCUCUCUCCCCUCUGCUGCAACUUCCCCCCUAAAACCCCAAAACCCCUGCAGACUGCAGUUCACAAAAAGGAACAUAAGAGGAAGCUGCGGAUACUUUAGGGUUUCCAUGUAAUCUUCUUUUACCAUUGUUCUAUGUCUGCAAUCUCUCAAAAUAAACCCUACAAGUCACAACUCUUUUUCCAUCUCUACUCCGAAGAGACCCACCACUACGAGGUUGUUUUACAGUUGAGCAGCUGGAGUACGUCAUCCCCGAGUUUUCUUUUUGUCAGCAAUCAAUGUCGGUCAGUUCUCUCCUUGGUUCUUCUAAUUUGAAUUUCGUAUAAUGAGUAGUAGUCUACCUGCUUUUUAUUCGAGAUUAUAGAGGGAAAUCUGGGUCUAGAUCGUUCAUGGAGUUCGAACCGUUGAACAUGGGAAACGAGGUCAUUGAAUUCGAUAUGCCCAUGGGAGAUGAAACCGUGGACAUCGAACAUCCCGUAGAUGACGAUGAAAUGGUCGACAGUUCCGGUGGUCGGGAAUUGUAUAUUCCUGAGGGUGAUACGAAUCUUGAACCUUACGAGGGGAUGGAAUUUGAAUCCGAAGAGGCCGCCAAGGCUUUCUAUAAUUCAUAUGCGCGGCGUGUUGGAUUUAGCACCCGUGUCAGCAUGUCCCGUCGCUCAAGGCGGGACGGAGCCAUCAUACAGAGAUCCUUCGUAUGUGCUAAGGAAGGAUUUCGGGUUGAGAAAGAGAAGCCGGGCAUUGAUGGCAAGGUCAAACGCCCCCGAGCUAUCACCAGGGUAGGUUGCAAGGCUAUGUUGGUAGUGAAAAUACAAGAUUCUGGGAAAUGGGUUGUAUCUGGGUUCGAAAAGGAGCAUAAUCAUGAGCUGGUCCCGCCGGAUAAAGUCCACUGCCUUCGGUCCCAUAGGCAUGUCUCUGGCUCUGCUAAGUCCUUGAUYGAUACCUUGCAGGGGGCUGGGAUUGGCCCGAGUGGRAUCAUGUCUGUGUUGAUAAAAGAAUAUGGGGGWAUUAGCAAYGUUGGAUUCACAGARCGAGACUGUAGGAAUUAUAUGAGAAGUAGUCGCCAGAGRACACUUGGUGGAGACACCCAGAUUCUUWUAGACUAUUUGAAGCACAUGCACGCCCRGAACCCAUCAUUCUUUUAUGCYGUACAGGGUGAUGAGGAYCAGUGUAUGAGYAAUAUCUUCUGGGCUGAUCCCAAGGCCAGGAWGAAUUAUACUUAUUUUGGAGACACAGUUACCUUUGACACAACUUUCAGGUCAAAUCGGUACCGUUUGCCAUUUGCUCCAUUCACUGGUGUAAACCAUCAUGGACAGCCUGUUUUGUUUGGCUGUGCCCUUCUUAUAAAUGAAUCUGAAACAUCAUUCGUUUGGCUGUUCAAGACAUGGCUUACAGCAAUGUCAGGUCACCCUCCAGUCUCAAUCACAACAGAUCAUGAUAGAGUGAUACGGUCAGCCAUCACGCAAGUGUUUCCAAAUACUCGUCAUCGUUUCUGCAAGUGGCAUAUAUUUAAAGAAGGUCAGGAGAAGUUGUCUCAUGUGUAUCUUGAUCAUCCAAAUUUUGAAGCAGAGUUCCACAAAUGCGUAAACCUGACUGAGUCAAUUGAGGAGUUUGAGUCUUGUUGGUUGUCCCUUAUUGAUAAAUAUGAUCUCAGAGAGAAUGAAUGGCUUCAGGCUAUAUAUAAUGCUCGGCGGCAGUGGGUCCCAGUAUACUUGCGUGACACAUUCUUCGCUGAAAUGUCUAUAACCCAACGAAGUGAUAGCAUGAAUUCGUAUUUUGAUGGGUAUAUAAAUGCUUCAACCACCCUACAGCUGUUGGUUAAGCAGCACGAAAAGGCACUUGAGAGUCGGUAUGAGAAAGAAGUCAAAGCUGAUUAUGAUACAAUGAACACUGCCCCUAUUCUCAAGACUCCCUCACCUAUGGAGAAACAAGCAGCAGAAGUUUACACGAGAAAAUUAUUUAUGAAGUUUCAAGAGGAGUUAGUUGAGACUCUUACUUUCAUGGCUACCAAGAUGGAGGAUGAAGGAACAGGUAACAUAUACCGAGUAGCGAAGUUUGGAGAAGACCAUAAGGCUUACAUUGUUAGGUUCAAUGUGCUUGAGAUGAAGGCCACGUGUAGCUGCCAGAUGUUUGAGUUCUCAGGCGUUCUUUGUAGACAUGUAUUGACAGUCUUUAGGGUCACAAAUGUUCUUACUCUUCCUUCUCAUUAUGUUUUGAAACGGUGGACAAGAAAUGCCAAGAGUGGUGUUGUAUUAGAAGAACGUGCCAGUGAUCUGUUGAACAGUUGUCGUGAGUCUCUUACUGUUCGAUACAAUAAUUUGCGUCACGAGGCCCUUAAGUAUGUAGAUGAAGGAGCAAAAACUAUAGAUAUUUACCAUGUGGCAAUGGGUGCUCUACAAGAGGCUGCUAAAAAGGUUGCUCUUGCAAAAAAGAAUGGUGGGAGGAUUCCUAUGGUCAAUGGAACAAACCAGGUGGAUAGUGUUACUGAUGGAAGUCAGGCAAGUUAUGCCACUGGGGGUAAUCAAUGGGGUUUGGGUCAACCUCAGACUAUGGAUGAGAAAGACAAUAAAAUCAUGGAAUUAUCUCGUGAGCUUGACCGUGCAAAUCGGAAAUGUGAAGUCUAUCGAGCAAAUCUACUGACAGUUUUGAAAGACAUUGAAGAGCAGAAACUACAACUUUCGGUUAAAGUUCAAAACAUAAAGCUCAGCAUGAAGGAUUGAGCUUUGAAGGGACAAGACAGUAUUAACAUAUUUUACCCUUCUCUUCACUCGUACAGAGAAGAAAAAUGUUGUGCUAUGACUUUCAUAUAGUGGUAGGUUUUGAUCGCUAUUCAGGUUUGUACCCUUGUUUGUUGGAAGUUUCUGGAUAUGGGAUGUCCAUGCAUGUGCACAUGGAUGAUUUCAGAUCUCUCUCUAUAUAUAUGAUGGUCAUUGUUGUAUCAAACAUCCCACAACAUCGUAGUGAUUGAACAUGUAGAUGAAGUACUGCAGGCAAGUGCUAUGUGUGGCCGGCGUUUGGUGAUUGCCACAAGUGGAACUUGAUCUUGAUCAGCUCUGGCACCCCGAGCUAAAAGGGUUUGUGUCUGAUUUUAUAUGUGGAUGUACAUAUUAUUUUUCUUGAAGUAAUUGACGGUUUUUUUUGUUCUUUUCAUUGUGUUAGUUGAAAUUGGAAGGAUCACUUUUUGUGCAAAUCUUCUAGUGUAUCUUAGUUGGACCUGUUUAUCUAUGGCUGGCUUGUACAAAAUCUGCAAAGGUAUAACAAAGCUUUCUCAAAUAACAUUUUUGAACACAAGAUAUUGUACAUUAAUUUAUUUAAAAAUAACACUGUACGGACACUUGAUUAUU